AGGAGGUUGCUGGAUGUUGCAGCUCUGCACAAUGAUCUGUCAGACCUGCUGGGAUCUGUCCUCCUUGCCAUCAUCCUGUAAAGACAAUGCAACGCACUAGACAGAAGACAGAACCGUCCUCACUCUUGUCAACAGAUAUCUUUUUUACCGAUCCUGUGUUUAUUUUUUAGAAUGCGUCCUCUGCUGAGGUUGGCAUUCCCUGUUUCUGCUUUAUUUGUUACCUUUUUGUUAAUUUAUUACAAUAAUAGCCUUAUAAAGAGGACAGGAGUGCGCAGGCAUAACGCAUCUGAGGACAGAUUGCUGUUAAUUGAAGCUUGCGAUCUAUUUAUGAAAGGAAAGAAACCUUAUACAUUGGAUAUUAUGCUUCCCAUCACCACUCAAAUUGAUGAUUGUGACGAUUAUAUACGGCAGAACCACUACAUCACCUCCCCGUUGUCAGAUGAGGAAGCUGCCUUCCCUAUAGCCUAUAUAAUGACACUGCAUAAGGAGUUCCAUACGUUUGAGAGGCUGUUUAGGUCCAUAUAUAUGCCCCAGAAUGUAUACUGUAUUCAUGUAGAUGAGAAGGCAAAUGCUGGUUUUAUAUUGGCUGUGCAUAGUUUAGUGGACUGUUUCCCAAAUGUUUUUCUGUCCUCUAAAAUGGAGCCUGUGGUGUAUGGUGGAAUAUCAAGACUCCAGGCUGAUCUGAACUGCAUGAAAGACCUAGUGGCAUCAGGUGUCAAAUGGAAAUACGUUAUAAACACAUGUGGUCAGGAUUUCCCUUUGAAGACAAACAAAGAAAUAAUACAACAUCUUAAAAAAUUUAAUGGUAAAAAUAUUACACCUGGGGUGCUGCCCCCCGACCAUGCCAAGCCACGGACCAAAUAUGUCCACCGCGAGGAUAUAGUUCAUUCCCGUGUUGAGAGGACCAAUGUUGAAAAACCACCUCCUCCUCUUAAUAUAACAAUUUUCUUUGGCUCUGCGUACAUUGCACUUACAAGGAAGUUCUCACAGUUUAUUUUUGAAGACCAGAGAGCUAUUGCCCUGCUUAAGUGGUCCAUGGAUACUUACAGCCCUGAUGAACACUACUGGGUGACGCUGAACAGAAUACCAGAUUUCCCUGGAUCCAUGCCAGAUGCAACAUGGGAAGGAGACCUCAGAGCUAUUAAGUGGAGUGAUAUGAAAGACCAUGGAGGUUGUCAUGGUCAUUAUAUACGGGAUAUUUGCAUCUAUGGAACGGGCGACCUUCAGUGGCUUAGUAAUUCCAAAAGUAUUUUUGCUAACAAAUUUGAACUAAAAAGUUAUCCCCCCACUUUGGAGUGUCUGGAUAUGUGGAUCCGAGAGAGAACAUUAAAUCAGAGUGAGAUAACUGUACAGACGGACUGGUAUUUAUAAGCAGUGCCCUCAGAUAACCAUAACAAUGAGGAAUGAAACAAGUAUUCUUGGAAGGAAGAGAAUUCAAACACACUCUCUAUGCUGGAUUGUUCCUAAAUUGUUUUUAAAGGUCACCUACUUGUGUUCAUAAAGUAUCAGAUAAAUAUUAAUAUUGCACUUGUCAAUGGGGUAAGGGUCCAAAUGGACAAAUAGGGCAAUAUUUCAGUCCUGUCCCAAAUACAUACUGUUAAACUUGUUGUUCUUGCUUCUUAUGCUCGAUCCUACUGUAAAACCUCCACAGCAAAAGGUAAUCGCACCUCAUAUUACUAUUUUUAACAGUGUUAAAACCAGUAGUCUAUUUUUGCUGUCCUAGGCAAUGGGGAAUGUAUGGCCGCCUGAACUCCUAAUAUUUCUAGCUGAUAGUUGUCUCAUAUCUUUCCUAUAACUGGAGGUCAAGGACCCAAAGGUGAACUUUUCACCUGUAGCUUCGAAAAAUUUACAUUCGUUUUAAUGAAAACAAACUUAAGUGUUUAUGAAAAUUUGAAUAGUGCAGGGAUCAAAUAUUUGGGGUAAGGCAUUUCCUCAAUUAUUUGUUAAAAAUAUUUUGUCCGAAACUAUUUUUUCCCCUGCACAUCCGAGUAAAUGAUAAACAAUGUACACUGUCAAUGAUAAAACAAUUUUAUUUUAAUGCCCUCAUCAAAUGAAAGCUAAAUCAAAGUAGUCACACAUAGUAAUUAUCUCUUGCAGCCAAAGUGAUAAUAGUAAGGCACUUUGGUAUUAACCACACUUGUGUAUUUUUAUAGCGAUUACCCAUUCUUAAGACAAUAAAAAGUGGUUAAACUAACUCACCCCUUCUGAAUAUAUCUGUGCAUUUAAACGGUGGCACACGCUAGUAAGAUAACUUUAUUAACACAUGAGUGCGCUCUCUCUCUCUCUCUCUCUCUAUAUAUAUAUAUAUAUAUAUACAUAUAUAUGCUUAAUUAAAUGUAUAAUUACUAUACAUAUAUAAAAGUUUAUAUAUAGAUAAAUACUUCAGAGCUUGCUACACUUUAGUAAUUUACAAGCAGUAGAAACAUGUACCUCAGUAUCAUGUCUAAAAAUGGUGGCAUGGUUCAUAUUUUUGUCAUGUUAAUAAGCUAAUGUGGAUCACUUGAGUUUACAUUUACUGUGCAUACUACACAAUUGGUAUGUUCUGUUUAAGUGUGUUAUGUUUUAACACUUUAUUAGUCAUCUAGAAGUGUAAACUGGGGGGCAAGUAUGUAAAUAUAUUUCAAGUAGUUUCAUGCUGCUAUUUUAUGUCUUUAGUAAACCACAAAUAUUACAUUAAAACUAAUUCUGCUAACAGUUUUACAAAGCACCAUGGUUUAGUUAUGGGCUGGAGGAAAGUGCUAUAGAGAGUUGGCAGACUUUUUGAUACAUAAUAAAGGGAAUGGGAUAUUUUUAUAAACAGCUACAAUAUCCAGAUUAUAUCUACUCCUGUUGAUAUAGUUAAUGAGACUUGAAACCUCAACAUUUUCUUUCAUGAUUCAGAUAGAGCAUGCCAUUUUAAAUAACUUUCUUAUUUACUUCUAUUAUCAGAUGUUCUUUGUUCUCUUGGUAUUUUUGUUGAAAAGCAGGGAUGUAAGCUCAGAAGUGUGCACGUAUCAGGAGCAUUAAAUGGCAGCAGUUUUGCAAGAAUGUUAUACAUUAGCAAGAACACUAGAUGGCAGCACUAUUUCCUGCCAUGUAGUGUGUCAGACACCUAACUAGGUAUCUCAGAAUUAAGCAAAUUUGACAACAGAAGUAAAAUGGAAAAUUUUAAAAAUUGUGUGCUCUGUUUGAUUAACAAAAGAAAAUGUUUGGGUCUCUUAUCCCUUUAAGGUUAAACACCAUAGUAACAUUUUGAACAAAGCACAUAUAGGAAUGAAAGAAAAAAAAUAUUAAAUUCAAUAUUCAUUUCAUAAAAUGAUGAUGAUCGACAGUCCUCCAUAACAUAUGGGAUAUAUUUGCCGCCACUAGGAGGCAGGUCAAGAACCUAUAUCAGAGCUUAAAAUCCCUCCCACAUCCCAUCUCUUUCUUAGUUUUGUUCUUGGCCUCAUAGGAGAUGGUUGAGAAUAGAGGUUCUUCCAGCUAUUUGCUUAUGGAUUACAAAUUGGGAGCCCAGACCUAUAUGAGACCCAGAAUCCAUUGGGAAUAGCAUUUACAAAGAAGACAGAAAAGACUCUUUGGAGCAUCUGAAUGAUACAGGGACACAGAAAUACCCUGUUAUAUACACAGCAUUUCCUUAUUGGACUUCAAGCAUAACUACCCUCAGGCAUUGCAGGGACCCGUCCCUAGCCCCCCCCCC